UAUAUCCUCCCGUGCAUCCAUCCUGUUCUUUCUUCCUCCACAAGAAGAAGAACACCACCAAAUCCAAUCUCGGUCUCUCCCUCUCCCGACCUAACCCAAUCUACUCUCUCUCGCGUCGUCAUGGGCCGCAAGUUCUUCGUCGGUGGCAACUGGAAAUGCAAUGGAACCACCGAUCAGGUAGACAAGAUCGUCAAGGUUCUGAAUGAAGGACAGAUCGCCUCUACAGAUGUUGUUGAGGUUGUUGUCAGCCCGCCAUAUGUUUUCCUUCCCAUUGUCAAGAGCCAGCUGCGUCCUGAGAUCCAGGUUGCGGCACAGAACUGCUGGGUGAAGAAGGGAGGUGCUUUCACCGGUGAAGUCAGUGCUGAGAUGCUUGCCAACCUUGGCAUUCCCUGGGUCAUUCUUGGACACUCUGAGAGGAGGAGCUUGUUGGGAGAAUCAAGCGAGUUUGUUGGAGAGAAAGUUGCAUACGCACUCGCUCAGGGCUUGAAGGUCAUUGCAUGUGUUGGCGAGACUCUCGAGCAGCGGGAAGCUGGGCAAACCAUGGAUGUUGUUGCUGAACAGACAAAAGCGAUUGCUGCAAAGAUCACAGAUUGGACUAACGUAGUUGUUGCGUAUGAGCCAGUGUGGGCCAUUGGAACCGGUAAAGUUGCAACACCAGCUCAGGCACAGGAAGUGCAUGCCAACCUCAGGGAGUGGCUCAAGACCAACGUCAGCCCAGAGGUUGCUGAAUCCACACGCAUCAUCUAUGGAGGUUCUGUAACUGGCGCAAGCUGCAGGGAGUUGGCAGCACAGCCAGACGUCGACGGUUUCCUCGUCGGUGGAGCUUCUUUGAAGCCUGAAUUCAUCGACAUCAUCAACUCCGCCACCGUGAAGUCUGCCUAAAGAUCUUGCGCAGACCCUUCUUCACCUCAGGGCGGGCGGAAAAAUCGCUGAAGAGCAACAGCAAACCCUUUUUUCAUGUAUUAUGUAAAACCGCUAGUAAUUUUGUGGUGGAGCAGCUACUGUUUCUCCCCCUCCCCUGACUUGUCUGAUGAAGCAUAUGCAUGCUUGCGUGCCAAUAAUAAUGUUUUACCGCUGGACAUAUAUGCCAAUAAUAUUCUAGCUCCUUUCUGUC